AUGCUUAGGCUUAUGAUGGAAUGCAAGGGAAAGUUUAGCCAUAAGAUGCUCAAACGUAGUCAAUUUACUUUUGAUAAUUUCGACGAAAAUUAUAAUUUCAUUAAUAAGGAACUUGAUCCUAUAAGUGGGCAAGAAACUCAGAGAAUCUUAAAUUUUAGUAAACCUGUUCGAGACAUAAAGUUUCGAUUAAUGGAUGUGCUUGCUUCCACAAAUGAGGAAGUUGUGAUUCAGCAAGACUUUAUACUUUUGUUAGAACAAUGCUUGGAACUCAAUCCAGAAAAGAGAAUUACGCCCAAAGAAGCAUUAAAGCAUCCUUUUUUUAAAAACAGUCGCCCUUUUCGGUAG